CACCCAAUAACACAAAUCUGAUAGAAAACCAGAAACCAUGACCAAUUAUUACUACAAAAACAGAUCCCUUAUUGGGCUGCUUGUGUUCGGAUUAAUGGUUCAAAUUUCUGUAGCUUCUGUUGUUUCAACAGGGGACUUCAAUAAGGAUUUCUUUGUCACGUGGUCUCCUAGCCAUGUAAACACCUCUGCUGAUGGUCGAACAAGAAGCUUGAAGCUCGACCAAGAAUCAGGUUCUGGUUUUGCUUCGAACCAGAUGUUUCUGUUUGGACAAAUUGACAUGCAAAUCAAACUAGUACCAGGUCAUUCAGCCGGCACAGUUGUGGCCUAUUAUCUGUCAUCUGAUCAGCCUAACCGUGACGAGCUAGAUUUUGAGUUCCUUGGCAAUGUGAUCGGCCAACCAUAUGUCCUUCAAACAAACAUUUUUGCCGACGGCUUUGACGACCGUGAAGAAAGGAUUAAUCUAUGGUUUGAUCCCACCAAGGACUUCCACACUUACUCUGUCUUGUGGAACCUUCACCAAAUUGUGUUUAUGGUUGAUCGGAUUCCCAUAAGAGUGUACAGAAACCAUGCAGACAAGGGAGUGGCCUUUCCUAGGUGGCAGCCAAUGAGCAUCAAGAUCAGCCUAUGGAAUGGUGACAGCUGGGCGACAGGUGGCGGCCGUGACAAAAUCGAUUGGUCAAAGGGCCCCUUCAUAGCUUCAUUCAGGAACCACAAGAUCGAUGCCUGUGUGUGGAAAGGAAACCCAAGGUUUUGCAGGGCAGAUAGUUCUACCAAUUGGUGGAACAAGGAGAGGUUCAGCACCCUAACAUCUAUACAGAGAAGGUGGUUCAAAUGGGUGAGGAAGUAUCACAUGACUUAUGACUAUUGCCAAGACAACCAGAGAUUCCAAAACAACCUUCCCAAGGAAUGUUCUCUUCCUAAGUAUUGACCAAAAUGGAGGAAAAGGCAGCAUAUUUCUAUUUGCAGCCUGUCACCGGCAACCGAAUAGUAUCAUUUUCAUUUUACGAUCAAGAUUUAAUGUUGGUGUAUCUAACGGUGAAUAUAAAGUCAAUAUUAACACGUUUUUAAUUUUUAAUUUUUUUAAAUAAAUGAUAUUAUAUACACCAUUAGAUAUACUAACUAUAAAUCUUGACCAAGAAAUAGAUACUAUUAAUUUCAUUUGUUUCGAGCUUACCGCAUGUGGAGCGAUUUUUUAAUAUUUUAUUCUUUUUCUGAAUUUCAUUUACAUUCAACUUCCUAUUAUCUUAAUUAAUAAUCAUAUGCGAAGGUUUAAGUUUUAGUUUAAGCAUCUCUACCCUUAGAAGUAAAGCAACCCUUUAGAUGUGGCUCAAGGUAUGUGAUUUUAAAAGGUUUUUAUUUUAUUUUAAUUUUUAAUUUUA